AUGAGGCAAAGUCAAAUGGGCAUGGAGUAUAGGAAAAUAUAUGCAUGCCCUAAUGACUGUUUAUUGUAUAGAAAUGAGUUUGAAGAGUUGACUAAGUGUCCUAGGUGUGGACUAUCACGCUACAAAAUGAAGGAUGGUGAUUCCAUUUAUGACGAAAGCUCAAAGAGACCUCCUGCGAAGGUGUUAUGGUAUCUUCCAAUAGUUCCAAGGUUCAAACGUUUGUUUGCUAAUACAAAUGAUGCAAAGAAUGCAAGAUGGCAUGCCCAUGAGAGGAAGCGUGAUGGACAACUUCGUCACCCAACUGAUUCUUUGCAAUGGAAGAAAAUUGAUGAUUUGUACCCGGAGUUCGGAAGUGAGCCAAGGAACCUUAGGCUUGGACUUGCUACAGAUGGAAUGAAUCCAUAUGGAAACUUAAGUAGUAACCAUAGUUCAUGGCCUGUUCUACUAGUUAUCUACAACCUACCUCCUUGGAUUUGCAUGAAGCGUAAAUACAUCAUGUUAUCUAUGAUUGAAGAUUUGAGAAUGCUUUGGGAAGGUGUUGAUGUGUUUGAUGGGUAUUCUCGUGAAUAUUUUAAGAUGCGUGCAAUGCUAUUUUGCACCAUCAAUGACUUUCAUGCUUAUGGAAACUUGUGUGGCUAUAGUGUUAAGGGACACAAAGCAUGUCCUAUAUGUGAAGAAGGAACAUGCUACCAACAAUUGAAACAUGGAAGAAAAGUUGUUUAUGUUGGACAUCGAAAAUUUCUCAAGUUUAAUCAUCCAUACCAGAAAAAUGUGUGUGAUAGUGUAAUUGGAACACUUCUCAACAUUCAGGGGAAAACAAAGGAUGGCUUAAAUUCUCGCCUAGAUAUGGUUGAUAUGGGUAUACGACAACAAUUAGCUCCACAAUCAACAGGUAAACGAACAUAUUUGCCUCCUGCUUGUCAUACAUUGUCAAAAAAGGAGAAGAGAUGCUUUUGUGAGUGUUUAAGGGGAAUAAAAGUGCCACAUGGCCACUCCUCACAUGUCAAGAGUCUUGUGUCAAUGAAAGAUUUGAAAUUAGUUGGCUUAAAGUCUCACGAUUGCCAUAUUUUGAUGCAACAACUACUACCAGUUGCUUUACGUGGCAUAUUGCCUAAAAAAGUAAGAGAUGUCUUAACUAGGUUGUGUUUAUUCUUCAACGCUAUUUGUAGCAAAGUCAUUGAUCCUCAAAAAUUAAAUGAGUUGGAAAAUAAAGCUGUUAUUAUCUUGUGCCAACUAGAGAUGUAUUUUCCUCCUUCUUUUUAUUUGAGGUGGAUGUAUCCAUUCGAGCGUUACAUGAAGAUUUUAAAAGGAUAUGUGAAGAAUCCACACCGUCCUGAAGCAUCUAUUGUUGAAAGGUACAUAGCAGAAGAGGCUAUUGAGUUUUGUUCUGACUAUAUGUCAAAAGCAGAAGCCAUAGGAAUUCCUAAAUCUCGUCAUGAGGGAACAUGUAUGGGUAAUGGUAUACGAGGCUUAAAACUUAAGAGCAUGGGACGAGAGGAAGUACUUCAAGCACAUUUGUAUAUAUUGAAUAACACUGAUGAGGUUCAACCUUACCUUUCUACUCAUAAAAGCAUUGUGAAGGAAAAUUAUCCUAGAAUGAAUGAAAAAUGGUUGUUGAAUGAGCAUAACAAGACAUUCUUAAAGUGGUUUAAAGAAACCAUUUUAACCAACAAUACAACUUCUGAUACACUAAAAUGGAUAGCAAAUGGGCCUCACUUUGAUGUCAUAACUUGGACUAGCUACGAUAUCAAUAAUUUUAUAUUCUACACAAAAAGUAAAGAUGACAGUAGUACCAUGCAAAAUAGUGGGGUUAUGGUCGUAGCUGAGUCCAUGCAUUUCUCUAGUUCAAAAGAUAAAACCCCUGUUACAGCAUCCAUACCUUACUUUGGGACCAUUGAAGAGAUUUGGGAUGUCGAUUUCAUUAAAUUUAAAGUGCCUGUUUUUAAAUGUAAAUGGAUUGACAUCAAUAAUGGUGUUAAAAUUGAUGAAUUUGGUUUUACAUUGGUGGAUCUUGAAAAGGUAGCCUUUGUUAGUAUUUUGGUGGAUAAUUGGGACGACGUAGAUAGCGACUUGAAAAAUCAGAUAUGGGAAGCUAUUAAGAGGGACCCUUUUAUUGUGUCUCGCUUGCGUACAUGGAUGGUGCACUUUGUGUAA